AGGCCCGUCCAAACAGUGCGAAGUUAUAAGGAGAAAUUGCAGCAGGCGGUCAGUGGAUCCGGGUUUCAGAAGAAAGGCAGGUUCACCUUCUUUCAACUACCAGUAUUAGUCGGCUGAGAUGGGCAAGAAGAACAAAAACAAGCAGCCUGAGACGGCAGCAGUUGUUGAAAGUGAGCCAGUGAUUGAGCCUCCGGUGCAGCAAUAUCCGCAGGAGGAAGACACCAGUGGCGAGGUCUUCCUGUGGCUGCUGGCCUACAGUGUGCUCAUGUUCACUUUGCCCUUCUUGGGCUUCUACGGCGUGCGCAGUUGGCUGCAGGAGUCCUUCCCUCAUCUUGACCUCUUUACGGUCAACUGUUGGUCGGUUCUGACGGCUGUUUUGGUGGUUAACCUAGUCGUGGCCAUGUACGUGCUGAAGGCCUUCCGAGAGAAGCCGCCUCCGCCUUUGGAGCAUGUGCGGGAGGAUGAGGAGGAAGAACCUGAAGCCAUUGAGACCAAGAAGGAGCAGUAACUUUCAUAAUCCAACCAGCUUCAUGUAUAUGUCAUUUAAAAGAGAAGCUUUCCACAAAAGAUCAGCGGAAAACCAUUUCCAAACAAUAUCAAACAUUUUAUACCUUUGGCAUUGAAGCCUCCUAAGGAUCCAGUAACUCCAUUAAAUCUAAUAAAUCCAAUUUUGACACACUUUUAAA